AUGGAUGAUAUAGUGGAUAUAUCUGACGUUGAAGAAUUUCAAUAUGACCAAGUAGACCCUGAAUUCAAACAAGAAUCGGAAGCAGAGUUAUUGGUAGAAGAAUCGAUUGAUGAUGAAGAAGAAAUUUCUGAAACAGCAUGUUUUAUAUCCCAGUUUCAUAUAAAAACUAUAAUCCAUUCCAACAUACUUGUAGAAUAUCCAUCUACAUCGCCAAAAGGUGUUGCAACAAUAUUUCAUAUACAAUAUUCAAUAGGUGGCAGUAAAAUCCAUUUAAUUAAAAAGUCACUAUAUUUUGGCAAUGUUCAAGUAAAUAAAGAAGAGCAUGAUUGUUUGGAAAUCAAAGUCUGUCAAUUUACAGAUCCUUCACUUACAAGUAUUGAACACGAUGAGGUUGAUGUUGAAUCAUCAUUAUGGAAAAGAAUAGCUAAAAAUCAAGAUGUUGAUUUUAAAAAAACAAAUACUUAUAU